AUGAAGUGGAUGCUGUUGCUGUUCCUUGGAAGCUGCCUCACUGGUGUCAGCUCGGGAUGGACGUAUCACUACUCUAACAGCACCAUGACGUGGACCAAUGCCCGAAAGUGGUGCCAGACUUACUACACAGACAUGGUGGUCGUUCAGAACCAGGACGAGAAUGCCGAACUUGUCUCCUUCUUGCCAAACAAGAAUCAUAGCCCGUACUACUGGCUCGGUAUCACCAGAGAGCACAAGGACGGGAACUGGAUCUGGAUCGGGAACAACAGCACGUGGGUGGGCAAAGAGUCCUGGGCGGAGAAUGAGCCCAACAACAACCAAAGUUGGCCCGUUUGCGUGGAGCUCUAUGUCAACGCCGGAGCUAACCGAGGGAAAUGGAAUGACGAGAAGUGCCAUAACAGGAAAUAUGCAGUGUGCUAUCAAGCUCAAUGUAAUGCAACCAUAUGUGGGAGAGGAAAAUGCCAGGAAGCUGUCAACAAUGUCACAUGUUUAUGUGAGCCGGGCUUUGCAGGGAAUGCUUGUCAAACAGUUAGCACACAUCUUGGCAGCGUUUGGUUGUGUCAGUCAUGUGACGUGCUGCGCCUCCACCCUGACCCACGCUUAAGCGUGUGCCCACUCCAGGCUCCUUUUGAGAAACACAUGUGUCAGGUGCUGCUUGUUUCAGUUACCCCACCUGUGGAAUGCCCCCCUAUGUCACCCCCCAACGGAUACUUCCACUGUGCAGAAGGCAACCACACUGUAAACUCUACAUGCCGGUUCACGUGCCACGGCGGUUUCCUGAGGAUCGGCUCAGCGGAGGUCACCUGCGGGGUGACGGCCAACUGGGGUGGCCCAAAGCCUGCUUGUGCAAGAAAGACUCCUGGCCAGUUGAGGUUGACUGAGGAAGGAGAAAGAAUGCCCAGUGAACUGGAGGGAUGA